UACCAGGAAGCCGAUCAUCGUCAGUCACAUAACGCCUUGUGAACGACCAAGAGAAGCUUUGUGCACGAAGUUCAGCAUGUCUUUCUGUGCAAAAUGCUUUUUCUUACUUGAAGAUCAGGCUCUCCGCAACUAAUUCUGCAGAAUUAUGCUAGAAAGCUUAGCACAGCGCGGCAAUUAGAACAAGGCCCCUUGCGGCCUUUGGACCCUUCAAGUGCUCUACAUUCCAGUGGCGUAUGAGUGCACAGGAAUGCUGCCGAUCCAUCGAUACAGGGCUAGCCGUGGAGGUGUGGCAUCCCGCCUCCCGCCACUUCGCACUUUAGCCGCUUGGACGCUGGGUGCCAUCGUACUUGCGCUGUCCGCGCGCUCACUGCUGCUCACGGCCUCUGUUCGACAGCUGGCCGAUGACUUCGGGCCACAGGCCAGCCACUGUAAUGGCCAUGACUGCCAUAUGCACUUAGUCGGCAGCUCACAACCGCUGGUCUGGAGCACGAGCUCGCCGCAACACCUAACCGGCAGCCUGAAGGGCUUUGAUAUCAGCAAACAUGGGCCAGCCACACUGCGGUCUUCUGGAAGCUCCUCAAGCGGAUCGUGGAGUUUUGGAGCUUGGGUAUCGCUGGACGGCCACUUGGAGACGGCGAUGGACGUGACGGCUAUGUCGUACGGGUCUGUCAGCCUCAAGUUCGCAGCGCCGGGCGUGCCGUACCUCGUGUCCAACCCAAAUUGGCCCGACACGCGGCGGCGCUUCAGCCUGCUCACCGGCAUCCGCGGCCACUGCGGCGACAUGAGCCUACCGGGUCGCCGCACCACCUCGGACGAGGACGCAGCCAUGCUGUGUGCAACCACGCCAGGCUGCCAGGUGUUCACACGCGACAUCCACAGCCACACCACGGUGCUGUGCUACUCCUACUACGCCGCGGAGACGCACGACGCCAACUGGCACACUGGGCUGCUGUGGGACCCGCCCGCCUUCAGCCGUUUCGAGCAGGCCGUGGCGUUCGGGCAGUGGAACUACUACCUGGUCACCUACAGCGCGGCGGCGGGUCUGCUGCGGCUGUACAAGAACGGCUUCCUGCUGGCCGACCUCACGCAGCAGCAGCAGCUGGCGGGGCUGCGGCCGCCCGCCUGGCUGGACCUGGGCGCCAGCGCGGCGCGGCACUGGGAGGCGCGCUUCCCGGGCCGCAUCGCCAACGUGCAGCUGUGGGCCGAGGAGCUGCAGCCCAACCAGGCAGCCAUGGCCAUGUACGGCAACCUGCCCCAGGCGGCGGAGGGCGGCCCGUCGCAGCUGCUGGGCGCCGCGCCGUUCGGCCCCUGGCCCGACCUGCCGCUGCCGCGCUCCGGCUGGCGGCCGCAAUACGCGGCGGCGGCGGGCGGCACCGGCGGCAGCCAGCGCUGCUCCGCGGCGGUGGUGAUCCCUGUAACCGAGGCGGACGCGCAGCUGGGUGACCUGCAGACAGCGGCGGCGCAGCUGCAGCAUUAUGCGGGCAUCGGCUGCGAGGCACACGUCUACUACGUCGCCUACGAGCCGUCGGUGCAACACGACCCGCCGCCGCCGCCUCAGAAGCAACAGCAACAGCAGCAGGUGCCGCCGGCAGCGGCCACGCAUCAGGCGUGGCCGAACCUGCGUGAGCAGCUGCUGGCGAUUGGCAGAGGGCCGGGCAGUAGCGGCAGCGGGCCGCGCAUUGAGGUGGUGGAGGCGCCGGCCCAGCAGGGCGACACGGCAGGCGGCCUGGCUGCGGCCUGGAACGCGGGUGUGCGGGCGGCGCUGGAGCACAUUGCCUCGGCGCACCCCGACGUGCCGUACGUGAUGCUGGCGGGCGCGCAGCAGCUGCCCAUGGACGGCUGGCUGGCGGCGCUGGUGCAGCAGGCGGAGGCGGACCCGGCGCGAGUGGCGGGCGUGCACGGCAAGGUGAUCUACCCCGACGGCACCGUGCUGUCGGCGGGCAUCAGCUUCCAGGUGGCCUACCACCCCUACCUGGACCGCCAGGCGCCCGGGCCCGUGGAGACGCACCAGGGCUACCCCUUCAACUACGAGCCGAUCGGGCAGCCCUACGACACGCCCGCCGCCGGCUGCUCCGCGCUGCUGCUGCGCGCCGCGCUGCUGCGGGAGUUGGUGGUGGACGGCGCGCUGGGCGACGCGCGGCUGGGCGGCCCCGGCGACUGGCCCUGCCUGGACCUGUCGUUGCGGCUGCGCAAGCGCGGGCAACGGCUGGUGGUGGCUCCGGGCAGUGUGCUGGUGAGCCUGGCCUACAACCGCACGCUGGACGGCCAGGCGGACGGCCGCGCGCUGGGUGCGUUCCUGGACGCGUGGGGGCCGCAACUGGAGGCGGAGGGCGCGGCGGCGCUGGAGCUCAACUCCACUGUGACGUGGGUGAUGCACUGCGGCGGCUCCAUGGGCAUUGAGGCCGCCAACCUGGUGCAGCACAUGGAGGGCCGGCUACGGCUGCGGGCGCAGGUGCAGCGCGGCUCGCCCUGGUGCGAGCACGCGGACGUGCUGCAGGGCACGCCGCGCGCCUUCGCCGACCGUGUGGGCCGGCUGCGGCAGCUGUCCGCCUACCUGCCCUCCGACAUCUACAUCCACCACAAGGACUACCGCCAGCUGGCCGCAUGGCCCUGGCCGCCCAGCAACUCGUCCUCCUACCUCAUCGGCCGCUACAUGUGGGAGGUGGACCGCGUGCACACGCAGUGGAGCCAGCAGAUGAUCCACGAGCUGGACGAGGUGUGGGUGCCCAGCCGCUGGCACGCCGACAGCUGCGUGGCGCAGGGUGUGCCCGCCUCCAAGGUGUUUGUGGUGCCCGAGUCGCUGGACGCCGCGCUCUACAACCCCGACAUCACCGACCCCGUGGCGCUGCCCGGCCGCCGCCGCGUGGCCUUCCUGGCGGUGUUCAAGCUGGAGGACCGCAAGGGGUGGCAGACGCUGCUCACCGGCUACCUCAAGGCGUUCCGCAACGUGAGUGACGUGUCGCUGUACAUCCACACCGUCACCUACCCCAGCCUGUCGUACCGCCGCGACUGGAUCCUGGACACCAUGAACAACUACCUGCGCGGCCUCAACGACACCUACCUCAACUCCACCAGCCUCUAUCCGACCCUGUCGCCCGGCCGCCCGCACAUCCACGUGUUCGGCCAGCACCUGUCGGGCGCGGAGAUGGUGCGCAUCUACUCCAGCAUCGACUGCUACGUGCUGCCCUCUCACGGCGAGGGCUGGGGGCUGCCCUACCUGGAGUCCAUGGCGCUGGGCAAGCCCGUGAUCGCCACCGGCUGGUCCGGCAUGACCGAGUUCCUCAACCCCAGGGUGGCCUACGUGCUCAACUACACGCUCAAGCCCGUGCACACGUCCGACCCCUGGUUCCAGGGCGCCAAGUGGGCCGAGCCCAGCGAGAGCGGCCUGGUGGCGGUGCUGCGCGAGGCGUACGCCAACCCGCACCGCGAGGCCAUGGGCGCGGCGGCGCGGGCCGAGGUGGUGGCCAAGUACGACAACAAGGCGGUGGGGCGCAGCAUCCUGCAGCGGCUGAAGGAGGUCUCCGCGCAGCUGGCUGCGGGCGGGCCGAGGCAGCCCCGGUCGCUGGACAUCAGCAAGGACCCGGUGCACAUCGACCUCCACAUGUGCGCCCUGGCACCGCGCCUGCCGCGCGCCGUGCCACCUCUCGGCCAGGCUGGCGCCAUCCGGAUGGCCGUGGCCACCACCUGGGCACCGCGGCCGUGCGGCAUCGCCACCUUCACGGACGCGCUGCUGCGGUCGCUGCGGCCGCUGCUGCCGGCCGGGUCGCAGGUGGACGUGUUCCCCAUCAUCCUGGACCUGCAGAUGCCCACCAACCUGACCGACCCCUACCCGCCCAACGCCAUCCGCCAGUACAACUACGGCGACUACGUGCGCGCCGCCGCCGCCAUCAACUCCGGCGGCUACAAUGUGGCCAUGCUGCAGUACGAGUUCGGCAUCUUCGGCGGCACUCACGGCUCCUACGCCACCUGCUUCAGCAAGCUGCUGCGCGUGCCGGUGGUGUCGGUCAUCCACACGCUGUCCGACAACCUGCCCGACGAGCACCACUACAACCUGCAGAACCUGGCGGGCGUGAGCGACUCGGUGGUGGUCAUGUCGCCCGCCUCGCGCAACAAGCUGGGCGCCUACCACGGCAUCCCCGGCGGCCACGUGGCGGUGCUGCCGCACGGCGUGCCGCGCGUGCCGCAGGUCAACACCGCCGCCGUCAAGGCCUCGCUCAACGUGACCGGCCGCACGGUGCUCAUCACCAACGGCCUGAUCCAUCCCGGCAAGGGCAUUGACCUGGUGCUGCAGGCGCUGCCCGAGGUGGUGGCGGCGGUGCCCAACGUGCUGUACCUGGUGGUGGGCGAGCCGCACCCCGGCUGCAAGCAGACGUGCCUGGACCACUACAAGCACCUGCAGGCCAUGGCGGCGGAGCGCAACCUGACCGGCAGCCACGUGCGCUUCGUGACGCAGUUCCUGGACGAGGACACCAUGAUGCGCUACAUCCAGGCCGCUGACGUGUAUGUGCUGCCCUACCGCGACCGCAUCACCACCAACAGUGGCACGCUGUCCAUGGCCAUGGCCGCUGGCAAGGUGGUGGUGUCCACGCCCUUCGAGCACGCCGCGGUGGCGCUCAUAGGCGGGCGCGGCGUGCUGUUUGACUUUGACAACUGGCGCGCGCUGCGGGACGCGCUGCUGGGCGUGCUUGGCGACUUCCCGCGCCAGGCGGCGCUGUCCAAGGCGGCACGCGAGUACGCCAGCGGGCUGGAGUGGAGCGACGUGGCGGCAGGCUACCUGCGGCUGCUGACCAAUGUCACGCAGAGCGCCAGCAUGGCAACAGCGUAAGAGAGCGAGAGACUAUAUAGGAGUCGGGACGCGAGCGGUGUAUGCGUGAGCGAGUGAGUGAGAGGGAGAGAGCGUGUGUGUGUGUGUGUGUGUGUGUGUGUGUGUGUGGUAAAGGACAUCACACGGAAGCCGUGUGUGUGUGCCUACCCGUUAACAGUUACUGAGGGUAAACCACCUUUCUUGUCCAUGCGGUUUGUGCCAGUGCCCAAGACACAGUUUUACGGCAUGGCCCUGGCUAAGGAGAUCAUGUAAAUGGUCUAGCGGCAGCUACUGGGGAAGGCUACUGCAGUAAGCAACAGGAGGAUACGGUGUACCGCGGCGCUUGUCGGGGCACGGCUUCCACGGCAUCCAAUGGCGUGCUUUGAAGCAAUGUAAUAAAUGUGGAAGGCGUACACGUGCGUGACUGACGCAACACAACUGCCAAUGGUUAACUAUGGAACAGUCUGGCACGACGUCUGCGGCGAAUGACCAUGCUCUCUAUUUAACUGCAUGAGUACACAUGGAGAUCGCCCAGGUUUGGGCCCGAUAUGCACGUCAGUUGUGCUCAACGUAGCCAUCGAACGAAAUAGCCAUGCCGGCGUGAUGUCGACAAGGCCUAACGUACGUGCCAUGGCGCCUGCUGCAGCCUGUGUUGCGAAGCACAAGGAAACAAGGGGUGUCAGCUUUGUACAGCUGGAAAAUGGGCUGAGCCCCCGUACGCUUGGGAGCUAUUAGGCGUGUAACGCCACGUCAGA